AUGCUGGUACGCUACACGAGAGGAGCGCGGGCGCUCGCGCGCGGCCUCGCCACCAAGCCGGAGAUCACCGCCGAGUCCGACUUUGCGUUCCGCAAGUCGCACAUUGCGAGUCUCCCCACCGCCGAGCAGGACGCUCGGUUCUACCCCGUCUACGGAGACCUGGUCGCUGGCGACGGGGCCGUGGAGCGCGUGCCUGGGUUUGUGAGCCGGUUCCGGCCCGUGUUUGCCGCACAGCCCGAGCUGCGUGUCAUUGGGGACGCCAAGUUCAUCCUGAAUGGCAAGAUCGCCAGCAUUCGCCGCGCCGGAAAGGGCAGCAUGUUCCUUGAUCUGGUCCAGGACGGGCAAAAGGUGCAGAUCGUGGCGAACCACAAGAUGAUGGGGCUCACCAACGGCGAGUUUGCCGCCUGGCACGGCCAAUUCAAGCCGGGCGACUACGUCUCGUGCACGGGACACCCAGGAACCACCAACACGGGCGAGCUGUCGCUGAAAGCGAGCGAGCGGCUGCGGCUCGCGGCGCCGGCGCUGCACCCGGUCCCGCCCGCUUUCAGGGACCCGGGCAAGGUGUACAGCAACCGCGUGGUCGACUACCUCGCGAACAUGCGGUCGCGCGACGUGAUGGUGGCGCGCGCACGGCUGAUAUCGACGCUGCGGCGAUUCCUCGAAGACCACGGGUUUAUGGAGUUUGCGACGCCGAUCUUGGGCUCGGGCAACUCCGGCGCCAACGCCACGCCGUUCACCACCACCAGCGCUCACGUCAAAAACAACAGAGACGAGCCGAUGCAGCUCAGCAUGCGCGUGGCCCCCGAGCUCUGGCUGAAGAAACUGGUCAUUUCGGGCUUCGACAAAGUGUACGAGAUCGGCCCGGUGUUCCGCAACGAGGGCGUCGACGCGACACAUAACCCGGAAUUCACCUCGUGCGAGUUCUACGCAACGUUCACAAGUCUGGCACAGACGAUGGAGUUUACCGAAAAGCUGUUCGAAAAACUGAUAGCCGAGCUCAGCACGCUCGCAAUCUGCCGAGAACGGUGCAGCUGGCUGCAGCAGAGCCUGUCACGGAACGGCGGCGAGUUCAAAAAAAUUGACUGCCUGCAGCAGCUGCCUCUCGAAACCGGCAGACCGUUGCCAGACUUCUCCAGCGAGGCACUGGUGCAGUAUUUCAAGGAGCUGGGGCUGCCGCUGCCGAAGGUGAGGUCUCCCCAGAAACUGUUGGACGUGCUCGUCUCCACGUAUUUGGAGCCGCUGUGCCAAAACGAACCAACGUUCCUCUACAACCUGCCCGAGGUGCUGGCUCCGCUGGCAAAAUCUGCAACCAAAAAUAAUUUUAAUGUCUCAAACAGAUUCGAGCUAUACAUCGACGGCACAGAAAUUAUCAACGCGUACGAAGAGGAAAACAAUCCGUUCAAGCAGGCGGCCAAGUUUGCACAGCAGCUCAGCGCACGCACCCAGCACAACGACACAGACGCCAUUCUGCCCGACACGGCGUACGUGGAGGCCAUGGAGUGGGGGCUGCCGCCCACAACGGGGUGGGGGAUGGGCAUCGAGCGCGCGGUGAUGUUCUUCACCGCGUGCGAGCGCAUCGACCAGGUGCUGCCCUUCGGCAAGCUGCCAGACGUCCUGAAGCAGUAA